AAGAAUGAAGAAAAAUAAAACAUAGAAUAGUUUACCAGACAAUGUCAAAUCACAUCUUUUUUGUUUGUUUGUUUAUUAAAAGAUGUCUCUAGCAGGAUUCAUACUGCAACCAUUAUUUUAAAAUUAUAACUUUGAAAGGCUGAUGGGUAUCAAUAUGUAGAACUAAAGAAAUUCACUUGAACACCUAGUAUCUGUAACUCAUAACCCCUUCCAAGGCAUAAAAAUUAAUGUUCUUUAAAAUCAUUAUGAUGAAAAACACAGCUUUGUUGUUUAAAAAAAAACUAUUAGGCACUACAAUGGACAAAUAAAAAUCCUUCCACUAAAAUUAGAAUAGACAACUCUGAAUUGCUUAAGAAAGCAUACACAAAACUGAAAAGAACCUCCUUAUAGGCCUUCAUAUAGUUAAACUAUUUGCAAACCACAGUUUCAUCUACGUCAAUAUGCACAUUUAAAACCACACAAAAGGAAAGGAAAUUUUUAGUACAACCAGCAGCCCCUCAAUAGAGCUGUUACUGCUACAGCCAGACGAACAGCACAUGCUUCUCUGAGGACUUGAAGAGUGGCCACUGAGGCUCCGGGAAUAUACCCCAGAAGAGUCAUCCUUACUUUCGAACAAGAUGACAAACAGUUCUACCUUCUGUCCAGUUUACAGAGAUCUGGAGCCAUUCACAUAUUUCUUUUACUUAGUUUUCCUUAUUGGAAUUAUUGGAAGUUGUUUUGCAACAUGGGCUUUCAUGCAGAAAAACUCAAAUCACAGGUGUGUAAGCAUAUACUUAAUUAAUUUGCUUACAGCCGAUUUCCUGCUCACUCUGGCAUUACCAGUGAAAAUUGCUGUUGACUUGGGUGUGGCACCCUGGAAGCUGAGGAUAUUCCACUGCCAAGUAACAGCCUGCCUCAUCUACAUUAAUAUGUACUUAUCGAUUAUCUUCUUAGCAUUUGUCAGCAUUGACCGCUGUCUUCAAUUGACACACAGCUGCAAGAUUUAUCGAAUACAAGAACCUGGAUUUGGCAAAAUGAUAUCGACUGUUGUGUGGGGAAUGGUCCUUCUGAUAAUGGUGCCAAACAUGGUGAUUCCCAUCAAAGACAUCAAGGAAAAGCCAAACGUAGGAUGCAUGGAAUUCAAAAAGGAGUUUGGAAGAAAUUGGCAUUUGCUGACAAACUUCAUAUGUAUAGCUAUAUUUUUAAAUUUCUCAGCCAUCAUUUUGAUAUCAAACUGCCUAGUAAUUCGACAACUCUACAGAAACAAAGAUAAUGAAAAUUAUUCAAAUGUGAAAAGAGCUCUUGUCAACAUACUUUUAGUGACUACAGCCUACAUUAUAUGCUUUGUUCCUUACCACAUUGUCAGAAUCCCAUACACGCUCAGCCAGACCGAGGUCAUAUCUGACUGUCCAACCAGGAUUUCCCUCUUCAAAGCCAAAGAGGCCACGCUGCUCCUGGCGGUGUCAAACUUGUGCUUUGACCCUCUCCUGUACUAUCAGCUCUCAAAGGCAUUCCGCUUGAAGGUCACCGCAACUUUUGCUACAGGUAAGGAGAGCAGGGCUCAGAAAGAAAAAUCAAGUUGUGAAAAUGAUGCAUAAACCAUGGGAUUGUGCUAUAACUUUAUGCUGCAACUUCUUCCCUUACUGGACAACAAUUGCAAAACAACUGGAAAAGAGGAGAAAAAGAGAGCCUCGGAAUGUAAAAGUACAGACAGUUAGCAAAUGUGGCAUGGUUUACUGUGAAACCUUGUUUUUAAAUGCAAACCAAGCAGUACUUCUUGGUUGUUAAGACAAAUAUUUGUACAAAAAAACUAAAAAUUCUUGUUAAACCAAUGUAAAACCCUGCAAUAUCCUUGAAAUCCAAAUGACUUCUAUGGCGGACACAGGGGUGUUCAUGAGGUGUUCACUGAAAUACCUGGAACUGACUUCUUGAGAAAAAUAUGCAAAAUAAAGGUGGCCCUUAAAUAGAGGUUUGAACUGCAUGGGUCCGCUUACAUGCAAUU